CUUUUGACUAGUAGUAAAAAGAGUAAAACUUCUGUAUCUGCACAAACACCUACAUCAAUCCGCAAUACCUCUCGUAGAUCAUAUUCUUCUGCAACUCCAAAAGAUAACCAAACUAAUCCUGAUAAAAGCCAAACUGUUCUGAAAGAAGGAACCUCAACCACAUCUAAUCCGCAAUAA